AAUAAACUGAAUCGAAUUUUAGAUGACACAAAGCGUAAUAUUUAUCAAACUGGUAAAGAAAGUGAACUAAAAUUAAAAAAAUGGCAACAGGAAAAUACAUCAAAAUUGAACAAUAUUCGUGAAAAACUAUUAGAAUCAAAAGAUGGAGAAGAUUUAUCGGUCAAUUUACAAACAAUUCGUCAUGAACUUGAUUCGAUUAAAAUGAACACACCUGAUUACAUGGUCAAGUAUACGGUAUUGAUAAAAGAUAUUAAUUUACCUAAUAAAGGAUUUCUAUGUCAAACAAAAUACUUACGUAAUUAUCAACAAACAAAAAUUAAAAAGCUUACAAAUCGUCUUUUGAUGCCGACAGAAAGUGUUUUGGCUCGUUAUAGAAAACCGUCGCAACGAACUAUUAAACAACCAUUGAGAAAAUUUAAUGUCCUUAUACCAAUCAAAAGAGUUAAACAAUCAAAUGUUAUAGCGACAAAACAAAUAGAUGAAAAUGUCCAAGUGGAUAAUGAUGAUGAUGAUGAUGAUGAAGAAGUCUUUGAUGAAAAGUUGAAACUA